AUGGUUAAACUUAAUAUUUUAUGUCUGUUAGUUAUACUAAUUUUAUAUCACAUAAAGAUCGUAUCUUCAAUAGUAUUUGACAUAAAAAAUAUAAGUAAUUCAAAAGUUGAAGUAGUAAGGACGGUUGAAAAUGGAAUGACUAAGACUGUGAUAUACUCAACACCGGAAAGGAAAAUAACAGAAGUACGUGAUGGAUAUAAAAUAAUUUGGAUGGCAGAUCCGGGUGAAUAUCUUAAAUGUCUUAAUUAUUACGAAUUUCUAUGGAAGAAAAAUAUACUCAUAAGUGUAGAAUCAAAUAAUCCUUCUAAAGAUAUGUCAUUUUUUUACAAAAGGGGAGAAAAUUAUCCACGUAUCGCUGGGGUUAAUUUUGUAGUAAAAUUUGAAAAAAAUCUUUACCACUCAACUAAGACCCCCAAGAAACGUAAAGAUGAUACUAAAAAAGGGGAAACAGACAAGAAGCCUAAAAAACGCAAAGCCGAAACAGAUGAUACUGGGGAACCAGAAAAGAAGAUUAGAAGUCAACCAAAUGAAACAACUGAACCACAACAACAACCACCAUUAGUACCUGAAACCAUUCAUUUUGAAAUUUCAGAUAGUGAGGAUGAAACUAUUGACCAAUAUGAACCUCUUGAUUUAUCACAACAUUUUAAAAAACCCACUCAGCCUUCUCACCCAUUUGCUCCUCAGAGUAUUCAUUUUGAAAUAUCAUCAGAUGAUGAUGAAUUUGACGAUGACGAAGAAGAGCCUCUUGAUCUAAGCAUUCAUCAAGAACCUCUUGAUUUAAGUAUUAAACCGAAGCCUACUGAAACCACAACACAACAACAAUUAGUACCAGUAACCACAACAGUAGAAAUGGAAUCAAAUAAAGAUACCCAAAUAGAAGAGUCAACUGAGGAACAUAAGAAACAACAGAGAAAAUUUUUGAUGGAGAGUUUAAAAAAGAAAAUUCAACAUAGAAUAGAAGGCAAAUCUAAAAAAUUAGGGCCCGAAACCAUUCAAUUUGAAGUGUCAUCAGAUGAAGAAGAGAGUGAUAUUUCAGAUAAAGAACUCCUAUUUUCAUCAUCUGAUACGGAAGAUGAACCUGAAUUAAUAUCUGAGCAGACCCCAAUGAUAGUAAUUUCAGAUAGUGAGGAUGAACAAGAACCAGGCAAAAAAGGUGAUCUACCAGAUAAAGAAAAAUCUUAAUAAGUGUAAUCGAAUGAUAACUAUAAAAAAUUACACCCUAGAGAUUUUCCAAUAAUUAAAUACCAAAACCUAUUAAUAACAUAUUUAAAAGAUAAAUUGUGACAUAUUAAUUUAAAUGAGCUGAUAAUUAUAUUU